UCUUCUAACUUUUUCUCGGGACCUUUAUCUUCUUUGUUGUGUCACAAUGAAAGUAACCAAACUGUUUUGGAGUAUUUGGACCUAUCAAAUAAUUCUCUCACCCAAGAACUUCCAGAUUGUUGGGACAAUUGGAAACUUUUGAAUUGUAUAUACUUAGGGAAUAAUCAGCUAUUUGGUCGAGUUCCAUCAACAAUGGGUUCAUCAUUAUAUAAUCUAAGGGCGCUAGAUCUACAUAAUAACAGCUUUUCUGGUGAUAUAUCUUGGACUUUCCAUAGUUUCCCAUUUUUGGUGCUGCUCAAUUUAGGAGGAAACAACUUCUCCGGAAGUAUACAAACAUUGUGGUUGCCUGAAAAUGUAAUGGUUGUGGAAUUGAGAUCCAAUCAAUUUACGGGCAACAUUCCAUCACGGCUAUGUAGUCUCUCUUUGAUUGUAUUGGACCUUGCCAAUAACAAACUUUCAGGACCAAUCCCUCCUUGUCUACUCAACACAACCAAUUUUUUAGAAUUUCCUGGUGAACGAGAUUUAGCAAAUGAAUUAGCUUUUCCAGUAUAUGUCAUCCCAGCUUCACGUGCAUUCAUGAAAAUUGAGUUGCACACAAAGGGUCAACAACGAGAGUAUGAUAAAAUUCUGAAGUUGGUUCGAAAUAUUGAUCUUUCAGCUAACAAUCUAUCAGGAGAAAUUCCUAUACCAUUAGUCAAGCUCACUAAUUUACAAUCCUUAAACUUGUCUUAUAAUAAUCUGACAGGAGAGAUACCAGAACAAAUUAGAGCGAUGAAACAUCUAGAAUCUCUUGAUUUAUCCCAUAACAACCUUCAUGGGAAUAUUCCUCAGGGUAUGUCUGACCUAUCUUUUUUGAGUGUUUUGAAUCUCUCGUACAACCGUUUUAGCGGACCAAUUCCACUUGGAACUCAGAUUCAGAGUUUUGAUAUAUGGAGUUACAUUGGAAAUCCUAAGCUUUGUGGACCUCCUCUUCUAAAGAACUGCACGGUUAAAGAAAAAACAAACAAUACAGAGCAGGUUGAAGAAAAUGAUGAUGGUGCUUUUUUGAAGUCAUUGUAUCUUGGAAUGGGAGUUGGCUUUGUCGUGGGAUUCUGGGGAGUUUGUGGUUCUUUGUUCCUAAAGAGGACAUGGAGGCACACCUAUUUUCAAUUUGUUAAUGGUGUGGUGGAUCGAAUCUAUGUCAUCGUGGCCAUAAAGCUACGAAGAUUCCACUGAAUGGACAAAUGCUACAGCUUCAGGUAGUUGAUUCCAGAUUUUCAAGACUCACGUGCACCCCAGACGCUUGAUUCGAUGCUUAUGCACCUUUGAUUGGAAGGAAAGUUCUGAUGAGGCUUUAGAACAUUGUGGCAACUUUAAGUAUUCAAAUGUUUCGAUUUGGUGAUGUUUUGGAAUCUGUGUGCAAUUUUGUCAUUGUGUUUAUUGCUUGAUUUGGUCGUUGAGACGAAUUUUGUACGUUGGAUUUUUCUAGGAUGUGGUUACAUGUUUUAGUCAAUCUCCCAAGUGUUGUUUCUUAGUGAAAAAAUGAGUUUGAAAGAUGUUAUGUUUAUUUGAAGCAUGCUAUUCUUAUUAUGA